AAGUUGCAUGAACGCGCCGCCACACACGGAAGGAUUAUAUGGAUAAUAAUGGCUGUAACGUCCUCACCGACUUCGAACUCUAAGGAGGUCAUUCGCCAACUACACGGCAUUGAAAACACCCUCGCCGUUCUGCACGAAAAUGGCACCUUCACGAUCGUUUUCACGUCCUGGAUUAAAACAAAAUUGCUCUUAACCACUGACCAAUGGGGACAAUGCAUGGAGCGACUGCUGGAAGACAUCCCACAUCUUCGAAUGACCAUAGCUUGGCAAGACGGCCAGAGACAUUUCAAGUACGUGGACGACCCUCGAGCAGACUUCGAGGUUCUGGAUGCAACAUCUUGCGAUGAGUGGAAAACAGUUCACGAGCACAUGACGCUUGUGACUUUUUACGACGCUGAUAAACCCUUGUGGAGAGUAAAGAUUCUGCGCAUGCCCAAAGGAAGCACGGGUGCGGAACAAGACGAGUGUACCCUCAGCGGGGACACAUGGUUCACUAGCGUAGUCAUUUUUGCGCUACAUCACUCUAUCAUCGACGGUAAAUCUGAUUUUCUCCUAUUAGGAAGAUUACUUCGAAUCCUUAAUGCAGUGAUCUCAGAUGCCCCGGCCCGUGAUGGUGGUGAUGCCGUGAUGCUCCUGCCUCCUUUAGAAAACCUCUUGCCGAAAAAUAAAAUGACAUUCACUUGGUUCGACUAUUUUCAAGUGGCAAAAAUGAAAUAUAAAGGCUGGUUCCCAAACAAAAGUUUAUUUACAAAACGGUUCCCAAAAAUGUCUGCACCAGGUGAAAGCUGUACAAAAACAGUGGUGGUUGAAUUUUCAAUUCCUGAAACGGAGAGGAUCAUAGCACAAUGCAAAGACCGCGGGGUAACUGUGCACGGUGUCCUCGUUGCCGCUGCCUCGGUAGCCAUAGCCAAGCUCAUAAAUGAAGGGAGACCCCCCAAGGUAGUGAACAUCGCCUCAGUCCACGCUGUCAAUAUGCGGCGAUUUCUCUCUCCAGAACUGAGCACUGCUUUCGGGUCUUUGUCGCACAGCCUUUCUAUCUCAUUGAGGACCCCAACAGCUGUCAGCUUCGAUGCGUUCUGGGACCUUGCCAAGGAAUCGACCGGUCUCAUCCACGCCCAGCUUGAUAAUGGUGAUGUCGUACAAUCUUUGAAAGUAUGUAACUACGUGUAUGGUAUAGAAAAGAAAAAACGCCCGUUGUCACCUCCGGAGUGCACAGUUGAAUUCUGCACUUCCAACAUCGGCGACUGUGACAAGCUGUGCCCCCCUGGGAGGGAGGAGGCCAGAGCUCACGCGACGAGUGUCAUCACAUCUGAUUCACUGCACAAUUGCAAUAUUCCGUUCUGUCACUUCCUGCACAAAUUCCGCGGUCGCUUCUGUUACAAUCUUGACUACGCAACGAACAGGGCAACCGAUCUACACGCCCAGAGAUACGCUGAGUUGACCGUAGAACUGAUGAAGAUGGCUGCGGGAGAAGAGGAAACAUCUAAAGAUGAACUACGAUAAACAGUGUAUUGUGAUUGCAGACUGUUGAAAUAAAGGCCAUUUGCAUUGUAAACUAUGAUAUUAAAAGUUAAUAAAUACAAUAAUACAAGGAAUACUUUCAGCUGACUGUUUUAUGCUAAAACCUGUAUUGUUUAAUCCGCGCGUGCAUCGACGGAAUGUAGAAGGCUUUCUCAUCCAAGACUGGACCUACUGUUUCAAAAUUACGUACAUGUUUUGUGAGGUAAUUAAGAGAACAACGGGACGGUUCAUAUUCGAACUUAGGAGGCAGGUAUUGUUUUCAGCGCACCCUUGUGUUUGACAGACGUCUUUGCCACAUUUUGACUCGUUGUUUUAUCAAAUGUG